AUGCCGCCCAAAACAGCCUCCGGCAAAUUGACCAGCACCUCGUCCAAAACUCCGGUCAAGUCCGCCCGAAACAGGGGGUACGUCACCAAGACGCCAAUCUCGUCGAAGCCCAAACCGAAGCCGAAUGCGAGUAUUUUGAAUUACUUCACCAAAAAGGCGGACGAGACGCUUUUCAUUGGCGAAGGUGGGGUUGGUCUUGACGGUUUGGAGGAUGAUGAGGAGGUUGUUGAAGGCAAUGGUGAUGCGAAUAAGGUCCCCGAAAGGGAGACUGUUGGAGAGGAAGAGAAAGCGACAACUAAGGAUGCCGUGGUUGAAGAAGUCAAAGAAGUCAAAGAAGAGAAACGGUUUAAUGAGGCUGGUGGGCCGAUAAAGAAGAGGAGGGUCAGUUCCAGUUCUGAUGCUGAGGAGGAACCGAGACCGAGGGGGAAGAAGGUGAAGGCGACGGCGGAUGAGGUUGGAGUUAAGAAAGAGGUGGGGAAAGAGAGGAGGGUUGGGCAGAAGAGCGAGGAGGAGAAGACAGAAGAGAAGCACGCGGUGCCACAGAGUAGUGGUGCGCAAAGCACAAAUGCGGUUGGAAAGCCGAGGAGGGGUCCGUUCUUGGAUGAUUCGGACGAGGAGGACGAGGAUGAGGUGGAAGCAGGGAAGAAGAGCACAUCUCCUACUGCAAAACCUGUGGGUUUAGCUGGGGAUGAGAAAAGGAAGAAAGAGGAGGAAUCAGCAGACAAGACGAAACCCAAGCCAACAAUGGAAGACGUCACGGAGAAGCCCAGAGUUCCUCUUCUACGACAAGAGACAUCCGGCGCCAGAGCGGACAACCAAACCAAGCAGGAAGAAGAGCCGACCAAGGAUGACGCAGAUCACGUCGACCAAGACACACAAAAGGACAAGAAGAAUCACGACAACGACCUUCAAGGCGAGGAACUGAGAGAGAAGCGGUACGUGCAGGAGCAAGCCCGGCUUGAGCAGGGGUUUAUUGGGGACGAUGAUUUCGACGAGAUGUUGCUGGAUGAUGCUGGAUUUAUCGAUGAGAUUGAGGACGAUGAUGAUCUAACGUUUCCCACGGCGGGCCCGGAUGCCAUUACAGAAAGCUGCCCGAUAUGCAACGCAAGUCUCGCCGGCGUAACAAGCGACCAGGCCACCGCUCACGUCAACGCUUGUCUUGAUGGCAACCCGACGCCACUUCCUGCUCCCACAGUUCCAACAAUAACCGCAAAACAACAAAUACCCAAGGCCAAAGACGAAAGCCAGGAGAGCGGAUAUAUGGUGAAUGAUACGACGAUGGCGGAUCUCACUGAAGGUAGCAGGCGCUUUGCAUCUCGCGCCGCUAUUGCCCGCCCAGGACAAGCAAACCCAAUUUCCCUCCCUGGCGACGAUGACGAUCCAUCUUAUGGCCCCGAUGCUAAACCCAAGACCAAUGGCGGCGGCAGCUCAGCCUUUAGCAAACUAAUGUCCUCCCAUACCGAAGCCGCUGCCUGGGCCACCGCCGCGGCUGUCGAGACCGCCUCUAGAGGAAUGCCUGCCUACAAAAGAACCUGUCCCUUCUACAAGAUCAUGCCGAACUUCUCCAUCUGCGUCGACGCCUUCCGCUACGGCGCCGUCCAAGGCUGCAAGGCCUACUUCCUCAGCCAUUUCCACAGCGAUCACUACAUGGGCCUCUCAGCCAGCUGGGUACACGGGCCCAUAUACUGCAGCAAAGUGACUGGGUCACUGGUCAAGACGCAGUUGCGGACGGCAGCCAAGUACGUUGUCGAGCUGGAGUUCGGAGAGACAGUGCCGGUGCCUCAGACGGGCGGUGCUGUUAUGGUUACCAUGAUCGAGGCAAAUCAUUGCCCAGGGAGUUCGCUAUUCUUGUUCGAGAAACAGGUUGGCAAGGAGGGAAGAACGCAGAGGAUUCUGCAUUGUGGUGAUUUCAGGGCGUGUCCAGCGCACGUGGAACAUCCGCUAUUGAAGCCGGAGACGCUCGAUAAGGUGACGGGCAAGACGAGACAGCAGAAGAUUGACGUUUGUUACCUGGACACGACAUACCUAAACCCGCGGUAUUCGUUCCCACCCCAGGAGGACGUGAUCCAUGCGUGUGCGGAGGUGUGCGCAAAGCUAGAUAAAGGAUUGAAGGACGGGAACGAGGCAGAAUGGGAGCGGUUGUUGAGGGUAAGGGAAGGUGGCGGCAAUUUAAAGGAGGGAAAAGAUGUCAGUCAAUUCUUCGGCUACAACAGUAAGAGAAGAAAAGGGGAUGGUGGUGGCAUCGACGCAUCAAACCCCACACCACCCGAGGACAAGGAACACGAAGAAGACACCAAGACUAAACCGCCUUCCAACGCCUUCACCGCCCUCACCUCUUCGUCCUCGUCCUUCCGCAAAAACCGCCUCCUCGUAGUUUGCGGCACCUACUCCAUCGGCAAAGAGCGCAUCUGCGUCGCCAUCGCGCAAGCCCUCGGCUCCAAAAUCUUCGCUUCCCCCUCUAAGAUCCGCAUCACCAAACAGCUCGGCGACGCCGAGCUUUUCGGCCUCAUGACCUCGGACCCCCGCGAGGCCCAGGUGCACAUGCAAGCCCUCGGCGAGAUCCGCGCCGACACGCUGGCCGAGUACCUCGAGCUGCACCGGUCCAACGGGUUCAGCCGCAUCGUCGGCUUCAGGCCUUCGGGGUGGAGUUACCGGCCUGGUUCUGGGUCCAACAACAAUAACAACAAUAACAAUAACUCCUCCUCUUCCUAUUUACCAUUCCCGCCAGAUCUCGACGUAGGUGGCGGCGCUUCCGUCCCCGUGACUGCCACCCUCCCUCCUUCUUCGCUACCCACCACGCAUUUGUUGCACGGCAACCGGUUCCGGCCCCGCUUUUUUGCGAAGAACGUCAUUCCGCAGCGCGGGAGCGGGAAGGAGGCUAUGUGCUUUGGGGUUCCCUACAGCGAGCAUUCUUCUUUCAGGGAGCUGGCGCUUUUUCUGAUGGCAUUGAGGGUCGAGAAGGUGGUGCCAACGGUGAAUGUGGGGAGCGAGGCGAGUAGGACGAGGAUGAAGGGGUGGAUUGAUCGGUGGGUGGGGGAGAGGAGGAGAGGAGGGUUGGUUCGGGUUUUGCACGAAGAUGGUGAGAAGGUGAAAGGGCAGAGGUUUUGGGAUUGGGAAGGAUGGAGAGGUGGGGGGGUUUAUUGGUAG